AUGAGUAUUUAUGAAAAAAGUAUUCAAAGUAUCAGCAGAGACUCCCGUCACAAACGUUCUCAUACCGGUGCUAAAAGAGCUCAAUAUCGUAAAAAGAGAAAGUUCGAAUUAGGUCGUCAAUCCGCCAACACUAAGCUGGGCCCAAAAAGAAUUCAUGAAAUCCGAGUUCGCGGUGGGAACCGAAAGUUUCGAGCCCUUCGCCUAGAUCACGGAAAUUUCUCUUGGGGCUCGGAGUCAGUCACGAAAAAAACCAGACUUGUCGCUGUUGCAUAUAACGCUUCAAACAACGAAUUAGUUCGAACCAAUACGUUGGUAAAAGGUGCCGUUAUUCAAAUUGAUGCUACUCCAUUUAGGCAGUGGUACGAGGCUCAUUAUGCGCAACCCAUCGGUCGUAAGAAGAAGAAAGAAGGCGCGGUCGAAUCUGAAGAGUUGAAUAAGAAACGAUCGAAACAUGUUCUAAGAAAAAUUGAGAGCCGAAAAGAAGGGUCAAAGGUUGAACCUCUAUUAGAUGAUCAAUUUACCACGGGUCGUCUAUACGCAAUCAUUGCAUCUCGUCCGGGUCAGUCAGGAAGAGCGGAUGGUUAUAUACUCGAAGGCAAAGAACUUGAAUUCUACGUCCGAAAAAUCAAGUCCAAAAAAUAA